AUGACAUUGGACAGCAGUGGAUUCAGCGAUGUCGGCCGCUAUGGCACUGUAUAUCUCAUGAAGAAGCAAGACCCUGCCACCCCCGUUACUGCGUUUCCUCUGGACGACGAGGAGACGACAUUCGGACGCGAUCAGUCGUGCAGCAUAAGACUCUACUACCCGCAAGUUAGCCCUAUCCAUGGUAAGAUCUACUUCGAAGACCGCAAGGCAUUUUUGGUAGUUCUGGGGGCCAGCGGUCUGUUUGUGGACGGAUGCAAGGUCUUGCCAACGGCAGCGGGCACUUCCUCGCAGCAUUCCCCACGAACAAUUCCCCUCACGAACAAUACCGAGAUAGAAAUACAGAGCAAACGGUUCAAGUUCACAUACCCUCCGAAGGAACUACGAGCUGCACUACUCGCUACGCCAGCUAGAACUACCCAAACCCCCCACCGCAGGCGCGCCCUUCGUCUGUCCAUGAUCCAGAGCGCCCAAGUUUUCACUCCGAGACCGAGCCCUGAUCCUAGAGAGAACCUUCGCAUCCUUCAGAGCCCUCUACGACCGUUCAGCUCUCCCAAGAAGCCGAGCCCCUUGCAAACACCUAGCGACCAUGAAGAGGAGGAGGAAGAAAUUGUUCUGGUAGAUGGCAAUCAUCCACGGGUCGUCGAAGACGAGAAGGACCUUAUCAUCCUGGAAGAUGUUGAGGUCGAGAUCAAUGAUGUUGAGCAGCCGCAAACAAGGGACGUGACUAUGUUAGCUCCACCGUCUCAGACAAGAAACCCCCCGCCGCAAACUCCCCAACGAAGGGCACGUCCCUCUUUACAUAAAGCGGUCCUCAUCCGCUCUGCCCAACGGGCCAUCAUGAAGGCAGAGAUCGAAAGAGAGGAGGAAGAAGAGAUACAAGAGGUCGAGGAGUUCGCCACCCAAACGCACAGCGGUAGUGAAGAGAGUUCAAGUGAAGAGGAGGACGAGGAUGAAGUAGAAGAGGACAUGGAGCCACAAGGCAUGACCCCUACAUGGAGGAAGGGACUUGAUGCGGUCCAGAGGACCCUCUGGCCUUUCGGUAGGGAGCCAGAAACGGGGGACUUUGCGGAGGACCACGACGAACCUCAAACAGACGAAGCGAAGACUGAUAAUGAACCACCUCGUGCAUAUGGCAACUUUAUGACCCCUCAAGUGCCCCGCAGGACUGGCGAUGCUGGACGAUUGUCCAUGGGAGGCGAAGCUCGACGUGUGCUAGUCGAACAGAAAUGGCGAGUAAAGGAUAUUGAAGUUCCACCUCCCGUCCAGGAAAUCAAAGAAGAAGAUCGCACACUCGAUGUGGGGCUGAGCACUCCUCUGGGCAGUCGAGGUCGCGGUCGAGACAGAUUAUCUGAACAAGAACGCAAGGCAAUACAAGAGCGACGGCGUUCUGCCCUACGCACGCCCGACCCCUUCUUCGGCGGUCAAACACCUGGCAUCCGUCAUUUCCCUGGUUUCCCGGCAUCCCCAACCAAACCCACCUCUAAUCCCUCUCCGACCAAACUAUACUCCCCGAUGAAGACCAUCCCUGAGCCUAAGGAGGAGGAGGAGGAGGAAGAGGAGGACCUUGAUACCCGCUCAUUGCUGGAUAAAAUGAAGGAAACUGUUGCAGAGAUGAAGAGACGAAGGAGCAUGGCACCUGUUGGCCUCGCACCUGGGACACCUGACAGGAAGACUCCGACAAUGGGUAUGACUCCAGGAAGGCGGGCACUACCUACCGGCGGAGACCGUCGUUUCUCAUUGCUUGCCCCCGCCGUUCGCGAGGAAAUAUUCGGGAAUGAGGAAGAGGACGAAGCUAUGCGACCGACCGAGGAUCCGAGUGAUGAAGAAAUGGUUGACGAUGACAAGGAGAACACGACUACGGAGCCAGGACCUAUCACCAGUGGUACUCCAGUGAAUCCGCUACGUCUAGCCCCGAAGACGCCUAAGAUGGAUGGACUACGCCAUAUGUUUGCCGCACCAAAGCCUGUCCCGCCAACGCCAUCCUUUGUUGGCGUAAGGGAUAUGUUCAGAACAACAGAAGCGCCAAGGGUUGCGACGCCUACGUAUGAAGGUAUUGGGGAGCUGAUACGAACACCAGUAUAUGAGGAACCACCCACAAUCGUGGAGUCGGUGGCUACCGACGAAGCUAGCAACCCAGAGGAACCCUCGCAAGCAAAGCUACCAGACGAGGAGCCUGUGAUCGAAGAUGAUUCCCCGGAAGUCGAGGAGAAACCCAAAGCAGCACCCAAGUCCAAGCUAGUCAAACCGACCAGAAUAUCCAAGCGAUCGACGCGAAACGCAACAUCUAAGGAUACACCAUCGCUUGCUGAUGAUGAAGCAACACCAGGCUCGCAUGACGGAGGCAAGGGCGAUGACCAGAGUGAGGCGGAGGAAGACGAUGCCGACCGUCUUCGACAUAGCAAACGACUACCUAGGCCUCGAAAAGUUGAUGAGCCUCGCCAGGUUCCAGCAGCUCCAUCUAAACCUGUAAGGACGCGACAGCAUUCUGGAGAUAAAAGCGAGGGCUCGAGCUCGGGACUCAAGCCACGUUCACAAUCUAAGGUACCGGCCACCAGGGCAGCAAGCAACGAAGUAGUUCAACCAGCUGUGCAGCCUCGUCGUAAAGCUACCACUACGGCAGUGGAAGAGCCUUUAUCCUCCGAAGUGACUGAUAGUGCGCCUAAGCGUCGGGCACGGAAACCCACGUCGAAAGCCGAUGAGCCUCACGAGUCUUUAGUAGAAGAACAUCCUCCAAGUUCGCUGCCCAAAGCUACACGCAAGGGAAGGUCCGCAACGAAGUCUAACACUGACACUGACCCGCCAUCGACGGCCAACGAAGCGCAGAGCGCUAUUGUACCAAAACGGAGGGCUCCGCCUCGAACACGAGCGAAGGAUGUUAUCAAGGAAGAAGACACCGAGGAUAGUGAUUUGGCCAAAGUUGUGGAACCACUUCCGAAACGUCGCGUAGGCCGACCAGUGGCAGCCAGCAAGUUAACCUCGAAGGCCGGGACAUCGUCACAGAAGGCUACCCCUAAUGCAUCCGCUGGGACAGGCAAGGAAAACACGCCUGGCACGGGUGACGAUGAGGAAGACGUGCCAGACAAACCUGUCAAGCCCAAGGUCUCAAGAACGAAGAAAGUUGUCAAGGAGGAAGUAGUUGAAGAAGCGCCGAAACGUACGAGAAUCACGAGAGCGAGGACGAAGACUUGA